UUUGUUUUCUCACUUUUCAGCUGGUUCCAAAUAAAACGUGCGUUCCGGGUUCACUGAGUCAAGUCUCCUGAGAACCGAAUAUCCACUUCUUUACAACAGUCCAGUGAGUCCACUCUGCUUCUGGUGCGAGUGGAGCCUGCAGCUGCAGUGAAAAAGUGUUGCCGUUAUUUUGCAGAAUAUUUCAAUGCUACACACCUGAACAUGGGAUCUCAAUUACAAGAAAGUCACGUCAAAGACACCAUCCCUAGUAUUGAGAAUGAAGCCACUGAUGUCGGACAAAGAGAUUUCGUUGCAAGAGGAGUGUACAACUUCCUUAGUCAGCUGGAUAUUCCUGAGAAUCCGUUGUGGAGAGGUGAUUCUAAUGCACCAUCCAUCAGUGACAUGCUUCAAGAAAUUGUUUUACUGAGAACUACUAUGAGGCCUUCUGACUCCUUGGAAUAUCAUGAAAAAUUGUAUUAUCUUAAACUAAAAUUCAUUCUCACUGCUAACUUGGGAGAAGAUGAAGGCACCUUAGAUAUGGCUUCAACUAAGAACGCAAUUAAUAAAACGUGUAGCAAUUUCACACGGGAAGAACAAGUCACCAGGAACUUGUUAGAUGCCAUCAACCAUCUUGAAGCUAUAAACCAGGAUGGUGAGAGCAAAGGCUUACUGGAUGUAGAAGAAUGCAUUCAAGACACUCAUGAGAUCUUGAUGAACAAGUUAUUGUCAUCUAAUAAACUGGGCGAGUUCUCUACGGAAGAUCGAUUUGCGCAUUAUAACGGCAAAAUACACUACUAUCCGCGCUUUUAUUCCACUGAUGAUGCAUACAAACACAUUCUUCAGAUGGUAGACACAUACAAUAGCACAGUUGAAUAUAUUAAAAAGUCUUCUUUGGAACCUAAGCUAGAAAUCUCAUUGUAUUUCCGGUGUGCCGCCUGGUUGCUUUAUAAUUUUGUAGCUCUUCAUCCUUUUUCUGAUGGCAACGGCAGAAUGUGCCGGCUGCUGGCUAGUCAUUGCCUGUAUCUGGUAUGCCCGUUUCCUUGCCCCAUUUACAACGUGUUCGCCCCUACCACCCGUAACGACUAUCUAGAAUCAGUUAUCAAAGCACAAGAAUCUGGAGGCAGGAAUUUAGGCCCCAUAGUUGCCUUACUUGUGGAAUCAGGAUGGUACACUUACCGGGAAUUGCUAGGUGUGAAUGCAUGCAAUUAAAUAUCAAGAAAUCAACCAAGCAGGGUGAACAUUCCAGCAGAAGAUUUUAUUUUAGCCUUGAAACCCUAUUCACACAAGGUGGCAGCCGAAAAACAAGGUCCGUAACAGCUUCCAUUGCAGUUACGAUUACGAAAUUGCACUGAAAGAGAUCUUGUAUAGACUCGAGGGAAUAACAACCACGAUCCUAGUACGGCGGCCUCUAGUGCCACAGGAAAUCUCUGCAGAAUCGCUUUGACUUCCUGUAAGAACGCACUUCCAUCUCAAGGGACCUAUUUUUCUAUUAUCAUAGGCUGAAAACUGGAUCUAAUUUACAAGCGAGGUAUAAAUCUGCAAUAGUUUACCGUGUCUCUAUUUCUUUGUAUUAACUAUAAACACCACGUAUUAACUAUAAACACCACGUGCCUCCAUUCUGGAUUCCUGGUUACUUCCAAUUCGAGAAAAUUUUUAUUCCUUUGCAUUUAUGAUCAGAAACUUCACGUUAAUAACGCUUUUACUUCUCAUCCGCAUAAAAUUUGUAACAGAUACGUAGGCUUUUAACAGGUCCGUUCCUUUUAAUUUCUCAACCAUUUCAUUGUCUUUCAGUAGUCGAUUUAAGUAAUGGUUUUGUUAUGAUGCUAAUAUGUUUUACUGGAUGUGUUUCCUCUAGCCCAAGUUCUUGUAGAGUAGUGCUAUUCAAUCAAUUCAUGGCAACUAUUUAAUUUGGACUGGAGCUGAACGCCGCUGAAUUUUUUUUAAUGCAGCUAAUUUGGAAGAAUGCAGCUGAAAGUAUCUUAUAGCUUCAUUCUUAACAUUUUGACAGAACCAUGGAGCUGGUUUGCAGCGAUUUUUCUUGUCAUUAUCUUAGUUAACUGAUUCUUGCUUGUAUUCUUGAAUUGUAUCAUUUAUCCGGUUUGCAUUUUUUUUGCCAAUAGACGAUUACAAGCAUCAUUAUUCCGAAGCUUGUAAACGUUGGUAAUUCGACUGCGUUUAUUUUACGGACGAAGGAAAAUUAUUACUCCAGCUGCUGUAACUAAUAGGAGUUCAAAGGACGUUUAUGUAUUCUUCAAUUAGUUCGUCUUUGUUCGUAUGUUUCGUUGGUGGAAACUUCUUGAAGAAAUAUUGCCAUUGAUAUCGUACUGAUAAUAAUUAUAUUCACUACAUCAAAUAAAACGAGGCUGUGA